AUGGCGAAGAGGGUGCCGCUUUUUUGGAAGCUGGCCGUGGAGAGUAAUGAACUGCGGUGCUUCCAUGCUCCAGGCCUGGUCCCCGUGGAGCAGCUGCACGUGACGCUGCUCUACCUGGGAGGUCGCUCAGCAGCCAAGGCCGCGCCGCUGAACGAUUUGUCUGUGGAGGAUUUGGAGCUCAUGUCCCAAGCUUUGCAGGAGAUGAAGGGCAUGGAGGUCUACUUUGAUGUGACGCGGGUGCUCCAGCACGCUGACAUGAUCCUGGCCGAAGUGGCUCUGCCUGAAAGCCUUCCCUGUGCAAAGGCCAAUCCACAUGUAACCCUUUGCCGCAGCGAACAUGUGGCACCCAUUUUUGCUCAGACUUUGCUGGAGAAUCCCUCUUCCUGCGUGGCGUUGGACGCACGCAAGUUGCGCUUGUGUGGUGUGGUGGACCUUGAAGAAGGCCCAGCUCGCCCUGGUCAAGUGCGCGAAAAGCGCGAGGCAGAUGUCGCAGAGGGAACAUGGGUGCAUGUGAAGAAGCACUCAUCCAUGGGCUGCGCUGUGGUGACUUUGCCGACCCCUGCCUUGCGGGAUGCGAUCCUGCUGCGCUGCUCCAAGGUGGUGCUGCAAGGGAACUCCUUGGAGUUGAAGAAGCAUCACCAGAAGCAAGGUGAUGGAUCAAAGCUUGAAGUGCCAGAGUCCAUCUUCGUGGGUUGGAAGCAGCCCAAACGCACCGCUGGGAGUGCUUUGCCUUUGAUGGCUGAAGAUUUGUUGGACCUCUUUGAUGGGUUCUGUCGUCACUGGUGCGCCUUGCGGAUUUUUGUUGCUUCAACAGCACCUGCCAGAAAAAAGCUCGUUCUGUGGCCGCGCUUGAAGGAUGAAGGAAUUGCUGAGAACCUUGGGCUGGCCGGCCACCGUCACGGGCCUCAGGUUGAGCAAAUGCUGGCCUAUUCGCAGCAGAUCAAAGAAUCUGCGCAAUGGGUCUCAGAGACGGCGGAUGUUUCCUUGGACAGAGCAUGUUGGGCCGUCAGCGCCGUGAUCAGCCGCUCCUUUGCCGUGGAUGGGCAGGUGAGGGCCAUGGUGCCUCUGGCUGACAUCUUCAAUCACAAGCCUGCCAGCGAAGCAAGCCGAGCAUUGGACAACGGCAGUGGGCCUGCUGUGGCCUGGUCGCUUUCUGAGGAUGGCGAGCGCUUCGAGGUGCGAGCCCUGGAAAAUGUGGCUCCUGGAAAGGAGGUCAGGAUUUGCUACGGUGAGGAGUCUGCAGCAGAGAUUCUGGCAGUUCAUGGUAUGAUUUUACCAGAAAACGAGGCAGAUUACCUGGAGAUUUUCGAGUCCGGCGAGGACCUGUUGGCCGCGGUGGAGACCCUGUCGGGCCAUCCUCGAGGUGAUCGAGCCGAGCUCAUGGAGGCCUCGCUUUCCCCAGACGAUGUGCUGCUGCGACCAACUCUGGAAGCAACAGAACCCUUGCUGCGGGCGUUGGAGGUGUCACUCUGUGAGGACGAAGAGCUCCCGGUGCAAGAUGUGCCAGGAGAGAUGCUUUUGCCCGUGUGCUCGCCGGAGCGCCUGAGCGCCUUGCGCUUGCAGGCCUUACUUUUUCUAACCCAGAUCUUGCGCGGAGCUUUACGAGCGAUGAAGGCCACUGAGUGA